AGUCCCGACUCCCCGGGAUAAGUUCAAUUUGCGUUUAUCGGACGAAGAUCACUUUUUCGUGGCCACCACUAUUGCACGCGCUUAUAAGAAGAGCAUCGCGCGCUGCAGCUGCAGGCUGCCAUUUAAGUGGACUAUAUAUUUUUCUUUUUUUUUUUUUUUUUUUGCUGUUGUCCUACUUCAUUCACUCCGGCGCCACCCGAAGAAGGCUUGUGUAUUUGCAAACAUUACGGGACGCGAAGAGGCAAAUGGGUAAAACUGUAUCUUACUUAUUGCACGCGUCAUUGAUUUGAAGCUUAUGGACGCGCCGAAAAAGUAAUAAUUCCUCGCCAGACAACGGCACCCAUGCGCAGAAGCCAUGCUGACGUUGCUUAGAAUAAUUUUAAAAUGAUAAAAUGACAACAACAGCGACGUUUUCUGUCGCGAGUGAUCUCUAUAGAAAUGUUUCAGCAACGCCAUUUUUCACGAGCAAAGAAGUUGGAGGUGAUUUAAAUAAAUCCCCUCCCGACGCUACUGUUUCGUUGUUGCAAGCACGUUUCCGACUCCAAAUAAUUUACAACAAAUUCAUCGUUGAAGUGCCUUCUAUGUGUGUGUGUGUGUGUGUGUGUGUGUGUGUGUGUGUGUGUGUGUGUGUGUGGGCAGAGCAAACCUAUGGAGAGGUCAACCAACUGGGCGGCGUGUUCGUCAACGGAAGACCCCUGCCCAACGCCAUUCGGCUGAGAAUCGUGGAGCUGGCCCAGCUCGGGAUCAGACCCUGCGACAUCAGCCGGCAACUGCGCGUCUCGCACGGCUGCGUCAGCAAGAUCCUAGCGCGCUACAACGAGACCGGCUCCAUUUUACCGGGCGCCAUCGGCGGGAGCAAACCCCGCGUCACGACGCCCAACGUGGUGAAAAACAUCAGGGAAUACAAACAGAACGACCCCGGGAUCUUUGCCUGGGAAAUCCGAGACAGACUAUUGGCGGACGGGGUUUGCGAUAAGUACAACGUGCCCUCGGUAAGCUCCAUCAGCAGGAUUUUACGCAACAAGAUUGGGAAUCUGUCCCAGCCCAGCCAGUACGAAGGUGGCAAGCAAGCCUCGGCGCAGGCCGGCCUCCCUUACAACCACAUUUAUCCGUACCCCUACUCCAACACCAUGUCCCCCACCGCCGCCAAAAUGGGCUCCCCUCCAGGGGUCCCGGUGACGCCGGGCCAUGUCAGCAUCGCCAGGGCCUGGCCCUCUGCGCACACCGUCAGCAACAUCCUGGGAAUUCGAGCCUUCAUGGACCCCGCAGCCAUUGCUGGGACGGAGGGGUACCCGACCAAAAUGGAGGAGUGGAGCAGCGUCAAUCGAGCAGCUUUCCCUGCAGCUCACUCGGUCAACGGCAUCGACAAAGCAGCCAUUGAUGCUGACAUCAAAUACGCGCAGCCCUCCUCCACACUGUCCAGUUAUGUCUCGGCGUGCGCGUACACCCCUACAAACCAGUACGGGGUGUACAGCGGGCCAGCGGGCGGCUACGUGGCCCCGGGUCACCACCACUGGCAGCCGCAGAGCCCGGCCCUGUCCCACCCGGGCAGCGGGAUGAGCAUGCACGCUGGGGAGAUCCACUCUCCCAUGGCCUUCAAGCACCACCCCCGAGAAGGAGAAAGAAAACCCCCCAGUCCGCUAAGCAAGCAGCAGCAGCAUGAAGACUUGAACUGUGUGCAUGGACUCAGUCUCCCUACCUCAUCAUCAUAACAGGGACUUUUAGCUGCAGCUUCCUAAUCAGUCUUAACUGAACUCAUUUCAACUCCAGUAAGUGUGAACCCAAUCAAACACGGGCCGCUCUUCACCUUGUGGACGCAGUCAAGCCUAAGCAGGCAGUCUGGCUUUAUGAAUGUAAAUUUGCAUGGAUGCAGCGGUGCUCCCCAAAAUACAAAUAUUUUGUCACAAAAAAAGAAGAAGAAAAAAAAAAUAUAUAUAUAUAUGUGAGUUCUGCAUGUCCAGUUUGUCAUUGAGGGGUAAACAAGAAAAAAAAAAGCUAUUAAUGUGUCUUCAUUUGUGCCCUCAACACCAUCCUGCAGUCGUGAAAAAAAUGUCUAAAUGUUGAAUAUUUGCCAAAGUUUUAAUUACAUAUAUAUUUUUAUAAUUUCAUUUAAUAUUAAAAGUCUAAAAAAUAAUUUCCAUGUGUUUCUGCAGCUGAUAUUAUUUUAAGAUCAAUUCAACAUAGGGAGACAGUUAAAAAAAAUAUCACAAAACUGAAAAUGUGAUGGCUCCGAAGCAUUUUCUGGCUGCAGGCAUUCAUUGUUUUUAUUGGCCUGUUUUCCAGCAGGUCUUGCACUUUUCGACUGCUAAUGGCCUGCAGAUUUCACCUCAGCCUAAUUUGAGAGUUUCCUGGAAUUACAAUAUUUGUUGGUCAUUAUUUGGGCGCUUAGCUGGAAGGGCACUCAGGUGUAACCACCCCACCUUUCUAGCGUAGUGCACAGCCUCGGCGCCUCCACCGAUGUUAUCUGUCGUGUAAUGAAAGCUGCCAUGAUGGCAAUCUCAGGAGGAUGGCGCAAGUUGCCUGAUGGUGUGUAACUACAGCAAAUACAACCAAUUUGCUCACAUGAAGCCUCAUGAAGUUCCAGCAUGUGAGCGUUUCCCCCUCAUGAAUAUAAAAUCCAACUCCUUCUUUCUAAACUGGGAUGUGUGCUCUGUGGUCUUCUCUAAGCUUUUUAAUAGAUUCCCUCAACAUUUAUGAGGGCUUGUUGUCUGACAUCACGGCAAAGUUAUUCUCGUUUCUAUAUGCCUGGGUUAUUUGUUGCAAAGUGAACACACUUUUUAGUGCAUUUAAAAUGGUUUUGCAACAGCUGAAAAAGUUGGAUGGAAGGCAUGUUUAAUUUUCCAGAGCGUGAAUGUGUGUUAAGAUGACAGAUUCAGUUGAAAGGUCAGCCGCUUAACUGCGACUGAAACACAAGCUUACUCACCCUUGAGCUAGAAGCCAGUACAGUAUUGUGUACUCGUGUUUGUGACUUUCAGGUGACCCUCACACCUGAAUCGAGGUGUUGGCCUUCUCUUCUGUAAACAAACGUGUAUGAUUGCAAAUUAAAGCGAAACUGUGUGGUCAGGAAAGAAUGUGGUUGGCCAACUCAUCAUCACUGUCGUCAUCUUUCUUGUGAAAUAAAUCGGGGUUUUAUGUAAUGAUGUUAGUAGCAAUAUCGAAGCAUUUUUGAAGGAAGGAAGAGGCCUGAGUGAGCCCUUCCACUGGCCCAUCUCAAAUUUGUGACCCUAGUGAGGACACGACCUGCACAGACAAUAGAUGGAUGGGUUUAAUAUACACUACCUGUAUGAUGUCCUAAAAUACACACAGGCACACACGCACGA